UUAUUCUACAAGAUGCACAGAAUUUUUCCUGUCAGAUGUCAAAGUUUUAAACCAGAAAACUAUAAAGGCUACUGUGAGGAUUCUAUGGGGAUUUCUCCAAAGAUGGCGACUCAGGGAAAUAACUUUUGAAAAGUGUCGAUUCAACUAUCUGAAAGCCCUAGUACUAACGGUUUAAAAGUUUUGUUGAUCGGAACAGUUAUCCAUAUAGUUUGCCUUCACAGUUGAAUGCAUGUGCAUUUCCAUCACAACAAGUCUUGAGAUGAGCUGAAGAAUGGCUCCUUCAGGAUAUAUGAGCAGAUGUGUAUUCAUUUUAAUUGUAUCUAUUGCCAAAGUAUUUGCAAUGAUAACUAAUAUAACCUAUGAAUUUGGAAGAGACUGCAAUGUACGUCUUGAAAACGUGAACGAGGAUCGUCCAGUUUAUGUAACUUACAAUGGAGAAGAAAUUUCAUGUUCAAAUCAUUUUUCAUUGAGAAUUGGAAGAGAGGCUGAUUCGGAAUUGUAUGCAAUUUGCGUUCGACCAGUAUAUUUCAUCGGCGGAAAUUGUGCUAUUGAAUUAAGCUUUGAAUAUGCAUUCAUAGCUACUAAGCUUCAGACUCUUAGUUGUACCAAAAAUAAUGGAACCAAAUUCUGUGCAUCUGCCGGACGAGAUCUUCAUAUAUUCUUUGUAAAACUCUCCGGGAAAGACUCUUCAAGCUCAAAAUUUAAAUUUCUUCUCACUGUUGAAAAAGUUAAAUUCUAUGCUUCAAAAGACGAAGACAAAAAUGCCUUGGGUACUAUAAUUGGCGGAGUAUUUGGAUCCUUUUUUCAACUAUUUCUUUGUUUAGCAUGUUAUCGCUAUCGUUUGAGAAAGAAUUCCUCAGAAGGGCAAGUAUUGAACCGGACACCUUCAAAUGAAGUUCCCAGAGUAUAUCAGCUUUCAUAUCCUCAUCCAUCGCACUCUAAUCAGUUAACCGCCAAUAGUGAAUCACCACACCAAGUUUCCUCACAAUCACUAGAUCAUUUACCAAACAACAUCUCAGCAUCCCCUCCCAGCUAUGAUGAAGUCGUCAAUAACAAACAGUCUUCAUGAAACAGAUGUGGUCACUGAAAUACUCGACUGUUGAGAUGGAUAUUGAUUUGUUUUCGAAACUGUUUUUAUUGUUGAAAUUGUCAAUAGUUUCUAAUUUAUCGGAAUUUCUAAUGACAAAUAUUUAUUGAUGUGCCUUUAUGACAUUGUAUAUUUUUUUCUUUAUUUGUUGGUCGUGUUUGAAUCUUCAACGUUUUUGAUUGAAUUUUCAUUGAUUCUUGCGUGUGCAUGUAAUUUUGAUCACAUUGUAAACAAAAUAAAUGAAUACUAUUAUAGUGAAACUUA